CGGAGCUGGGAAAAGGGAGGCAGAACAGGAGGAGGCGGAGGCAGAGGCAGAGCCGGGCGCCGAGACCGACCGAGCGACAGACCGGCGGGGCUGGGCCACGCAGACACGGCCCAGUGAGCCCUCCCCGCGACCCGAGGCGGCCCCCGAGAGUCGGCCUCUGGACUGGCCUGGGAGUCAGAGGCUCCAGAGCAGAUCCCGGAGUCAGGCUUUCCUCCGCUGCCGACGAGGGCUGGCCCUUUGGAAGGUGCCGUCUUCAACAGCAGGACCAGGCAGGCCACCAUGACCGAGAACUCCACGUCCACCCCUGCGGCCAAGCCCAAGCGGGCCAAGGCCUCCAAGAAGUCCACAGACCACCCCAAGUAUUCAGACAUGAUUGUGGCUGCCAUCCAGGCAGAGAAGAACCGCGCUGGUUCCUCGCGCCAGUCCAUCCAGAAGUACAUCAAGAGCCACUACAAGGUGGGUGAGAACGCGGACUCCCAGAUCAAGUUGUCCAUCAAGCGCUUGGUCACCACUGGAGUCCUCAAGCAGACCAAAGGGGUGGGUGCCUCGGGGUCUUUCCGCCUGGCCAAGAGCGACGAGCCCAAAAGGUCCGUGGCCUUCAAGAAGACGAAGAAGGAAGUCAAGAAGGUGGCUACGCCAAAGAAGGCAGCCAAGCCCAAGAAGGCUGCCUCCAAAGCCCCAAGCAAGAAGCCCAAAGCCACCCCAGUCAAGAAGGCCAAGAAGAAGCCGGCUGCCACGCCCAAGAAAACCAAAAAACCUAAGACUGUCAAAGCCAAGCCAGUCAAGGCAUCCAAGCCUAAGAAGGCCAAACCAGUGAAGCCCAAAGCCAAGUCCAGUGCCAAGAGGACUGGCAAGAAGAAGUGACAAUGAGGCUUUUCUUGUGGACACUCCUGCCUGUCUAUUUUCUGUAAAUACUUUCUCCUUCUCUCUCGGUCUCAUUUGCCAUCCUUUGCCCCUUUCCCUUCUGACUUUGUAAAGAGACAGAAUUUGUAUUUCUCAGAAAUUAGGGAAUAAUUCAUUUUUCCUUAACCAACCAUGCAAGGACAGCAACAACAAAUAUCUCUGUAAUGAUGAGAAUGUACUUAUAUUUUAUUUGUUACUAAUCUGCUUGUGGGUUUGGGAAUUUGGGUGGGUUUGUGUGUUUUCUUUAGUUGGGUGGUUGGUUCACUCUGAAGGUAAAAGUCGGUGGGGCUGGUGGGGGGAGGAAUGGGCAAGGUAGUUUGUUGGGGCUAGGUGACAGGGAGCCCAGGAACUUUAAGAUUUGUAGGAGUUCCUCAGAGACCAUCAAGCUUUAAGUUGAGCACUCCUUGUGAGAGUUUCAGAACCUUGGUGGGGAGUAGAGAGGGAUGGCAGCAGCUGGACAGGCAAAGGAGGUAGAUGGGGGUGGGGGGAAACCCUCUCUUGGCUGUCUGCCACCUUCCCGUGGUGAGAGUGGGACUUCCAAACCCAGUUUCCUUCUCACUUCUGUUAGUUUGUCCGUGUGGCCUCUCUAUUGUCCUAGGGAACGGGAGGGAGGGUUAAAGUGACAGCUGGUCCUAGAAACUAGCUUUUCAGUCAGCUAGAAACUAGCCACUGGGGGUUUCUGUGGAUUCAGAAAGUCUCUUGUUAAAUGGGAGUAGAAACUUGGGAAGGGUGAGGAGUGUCAGCCAAGUGCCUCAGUGUGCCCCUGUUGAAACUUGGGUUUUUCCACACAACUGUAUUGUUUCCUAGGAGGACCUUUUUCCUUUCACCCCUUAUUUUUGGUUCCUCUUGUACAAGAGGUGGCUUUGCUUGGCAGUCCAGUGGGGCUUCAGCCCUACCACUCACCACUUAAAAACCUCCUGACCUCUUUACUUUUUUUAGAUGUAGUGGUAGACGGGGGAGGAGGGGAGGGCGGGGAGUGGACAGUAAGACAUACUGCAGUCGACUUUGAGUUGCUAAGUAGUUUUACAGAGCUAGGUCUGGUUGUGUGUGUGUGUGUGUAUGUAUGUAUGUAUAUAUAUAUACAUACCUAGGGCUAGUACUUAACGUUUCACACCCGGGAGCUGGGAGAAAAAACCCUGUACAGUCUUUCCUUUUUUUUAAAUAGGCGCGCUUGCGCUCUUCCCACCCUCCUCGCCCCUUUUUAUUUUUAAAUAAGUGUUCCUUGUGCCUGGAAGAAUUUGCUGUCUUUGUAAUUUUCAAACUUUAAAAUAAAAUGUAAAAAAAAAAAAAAAAAA